GUACAUGGUGAAGGUGGAGUCAGAUUCCAGAACUGGGCUAGAACUUAUGGUUCCUCUCCAGAAAUGUAUUUCCAGCCAACAUCAGUUGAUGAGAUCAGAGAGAUCUUGGCUCUGGCCAGGCAGAAAAGCAAGAAAGUGAAAAUGGUUGGUGGUGGACACUCCCCAUCAGACAUCGCCUGCACAGAGGAUUUCAUGAUCCAGAUGGGAAGGAUGAAUAAGAUCCUUGAGGUGGAUAAAGAGAAGAAGCAAGUGACAGUAGAGGCAGGGAUUUUACUCUCUCAUCUGAAUGUGGAGCUGAGCAAACAUGGCUUAGCUUUACCUAUUUUAGGAGCUGUGUCAGAUGUGGCAGCUGGUGGAGUUAUUGGAACUGGCACUCACAACACUGGCUUCAGUCAUGGCAUCUUGGCCACUCAGGUGGUGGCCAUGACACUGUUGACAGCUUCAGGGGAAAUCCUGGAGUGCUCUGAAACUGUGAAUCCUGAACUUUUCCGAGCAGCAUGUGUACAUCUGGGUUGUUUGGGGAUCAUUCUCACAGUCACCUUCCAAUGUGUAGCAGAAUUCUACCUGCAAGAAACCACCUUCCCUUCUACACUCAAGGAGGUUCUUGACAACCUAGAAAAUCACCUGAAGAAAUCUGAGUAUUUCCGCUUUCUUUGGUUCCCUCACAGUGAAAAUGUGAGCAUCAUCUACCAAGAUCAUACCAACAAGCCUCCCUCUUCCUCAGCAAACUGGUUUUGGGAUUAUGCCAUUGGAUAUUAUCUGCUGGAGUUCUUUCUUUGGAUCAGCACAUUCCUGCCCUUCUUGGUAGCUUGGAUCAACCACUUCUUCUUUUGGCUCCUCUUCACUGGCAAAGUGGAAAAUGUGAAUUUGAGCUACAAAAUCUUCAACUAUGAAUGUCGAUUCAAGCAGCAUGUGCAAGAUUGGGCCAUUCCCAUUGAAAAAACAAAAGAUGCUCUUCUGGAGCUAAAAGGGAUAUUGGAGACCAACCCCAAAAUGGUAGCCCACUAUCCAGUAGAAGUACGCUUCACCCGGGGGGAUGACCUCCUCCUGAGCCCCUGUUUCCAGAGGAAUAGCUGUUACAUCAACAUUAUCAUGUACAGGCCUUACGGAAAAGAUGUUCCACGCCUUAACUACUGGCUUGCCUAUGAAGGUGUCAUGAAGAAGUUUGGAGGGAGACCACACUGGGCAAAGGCCCAUACAUGUACCCGGAAGGAUUUUGAGAAGAUGUACCCAGAUUUUCAGAAGUUCUGUUGUAUUCGUGAGAAACUAGACCCCAGAGGAAUGUUUCUGAAUAGUUACCUGGAGAGAGUCUUCUAUUGAGGGAUACAAUAGAGAAGGUGGUCAUGACAUGGACAAACCCCUUACUAAGGAGUUCUCCAUAGUUAUUCUGGUUGGAUGGAUAAACAUUUAUUUGCUGGGAUCUGAUGCCAAACCAAGCUGCUAAGAGCACAUUGCUUUUAAAUUGCCCAGAAGUCUAUUUAAAUGUGUUGGGGAAAUAGAGAAAAAAGUAACGGAAGGGGGAACAUUUUUGCAUCAAUUAAAAUACAAUCCACUGUUCCCCAUUUUCUUAAGAGAGAUACAAUAGUAUGACAAUAAUUGCCUUUUCCCAAUUCUUUAUUCACAAAUUAUUUUGUGACCCUCUGGGCGAUUCCAUACUGCUGAGGCUUCCAUUCCAUUCCCCAGUUCUUAGAAAGAAAGAAUUACAUGAUUUGCAGUUGUCUUCAAACUAGCCAGUUUUGGUAUGCUAUUAUCAUCAGCCUUCUCCUUUCAGAAGUCAACCAUGUUAUCCCUAUUACACUAGCCAAAUUCUGUAUGGUUGCGAUGAACA